CCACUCCGCACUAAAAUAAGCCUUCUGCAUUCGACUAGUCAAUUAAAUGCCUAGACUCUCCAACUUACUGUUUCACACGAGGGGGAAAAGGUGCUAAAUACGUGAACCCGAAUUUAAUGUAGAGAAAUGGAAGAUCCACAAAUUCAUGGGGAAAUUGAAAGGCAACCUCUUGUUUUUUUUAUCUCUAGUAUUUUUGUUCUUAGAAAGUUCGAUUGCCGUUGAUACCAUAACUCCAGCAGACUCCAUCAACGACAGCCAGACAAUAGUGUCCGCGGGUCAUAAAUUUGAACUAGGUUUCUUCAAUACCGGGGAUUCCAAUUAUCGAUAUCUAGGAAUAUGGUACAAGAACAUUCCGGUUCGGACUGUUGUUUGGGUCGCAAACAGAGAGUUCCCACUUGAAAAUAAUUCUGGUUUAUUAAAACUUGGCGAUGAUGGAACACUGUCCAUUGUCAAUGAAUCAAGGAGCAUUAUCUGGUCUUCGAAUUCAUCGCUGACGGCUAAAAAUCCAGUUGCGGAGUUGUUAGAUACUGGGAAUCUCGUUGUGAAGGAUGCAGGGGAUGACAAUGAUGAGAGGUACUUAUGGCAAAGCUUCGACUAUCCAUCAGACACAUUAUUACCGGGAAUGAAACUUGGUUGGAACAAGAAAACCGGUCUCAAUAGACAUCUUACUUCAUGGAAAAGUUCGGACGAUCCUUCUCCUGGAGAAUAUACUUAUAGCGUGGAUCCUCGUGGACUUCCUCAACUCGUCCUUCGCAAGGGUUCCGACGAGCAGUUCCGGAGUGGACCAUGGUAUGGAACACAGUUUAGUGGUGUGCCAGUUUUGAAGGUAAACCCAGUUUUUACUCCAAUAUUUGUCUCCAACGCCGAUGAAGUCUAUUAUUCAUAUAACAUAACAGCCAACAUCCCAUCGAGGUUCGUGUUGAGUCAAUCUGGAUCGGUUCAACACCUUUCCUGGAAUGAUCGCCACUCUAACUGGUACCUCAUAUUCACUGUCCAAGAAGAUAGAUGUGAUAACUAUGACUUGUGUGGUAGCUACGGUAUUUGCAACAUUAACAGGACUCCCAACUGUGACUGCUUGAAGGGCUUUGAGCCCAAAUCGUCCAAAGACUGGGAUGUCCUUGACUGGUCUGGUGGAUGUGUACGAAAAGAUCCACAUAUAUGCCAUGAAGGAGAAGGGUUUGUGAAAUUCACAGGGCUGAAACUGCCGGAUGCAUCGCAGUUUAGGGUGAAUGUAAGUAUGACAAUCGGAGAUUGCGAGGCGGAGUGCCUGAAGAAUUGUUCUUGCACUGCUUAUGCUAAAUUAGACAUUAGAGGCACAGGGAAUGGCUGUGUAACCUGGUAUGAAGACUUAAUUGAUAUUAGACAAGCUCCUCAAUAUGGACAAGAUCUUUAUAUAAGAAUGGCAGCUUCCGCACUUGAAAAAAAGGCUGAUACAAGCAACAAUAGGAAGAAUGUGACUAUUGCAACAACUAUAUCAGUGGCUUCAGCAAUGAUAAUCUUGGUUUUGAUUGGUUGGUUUGUGAGUUGGAAGCAAAAGAUGAUUAGAACUCAACAGCCAGAAAAUCAAGUGACCAUUAGCAAAGUUGAAACUGAGGAGGAUCUUGAACUCCCCUUAUUUGAAUUUGCCACCAUUCAAGCUGCUACUAAUAACUUUUCGCCCGCAAACAAGAUUGGAGAAGGUGGAUAUGGACCAGUAUUCAAGGGUGAGAUACCGUCCGGACAAGAAGUGGCAGUGAAGAGACUUGCAGAGAAUUCUGGACAAGGCCUUCAAGAGUUCAAAAAUGAGGUCCUUUUGAUCUCCAAUCUUCAACAUAGAAAUCUGGUGAAGCUACUAGGUUGUUGCAUUGAAAGGGAAGAGAGAAUGUUAGUCUAUGAGUACAUGCCAAAUAGAAGCUUAGAUUCCUUAAUCUUUGAUGAAUCAAGGCGGUCUUCACUUGACUGGAGAAGGAGAUAUGACAUCAUUGUUGGGAUAGCUCGUGGGCUUCUUUAUCUUCAUAGAGACUCAAGACUGAGGAUCAUUCAUAGGGAUCUAAAGGCCAGUAAUGUCCUGUUGGACAAUGAGAUGAAUCCCAAAAUUUCAGACUUUGGAAUGGCGAGAACGUUCUGCGGGGAUCAAACCGAAGCAAAUACAAAGAGGAUAGUUGGAACCUAUGGUUAUAUGCCUCCAGAGUAUGCAAUAGAUGGACACUUUUCUUUGAAAUCCGACGUCUUCAGCUUUGGAGUCAUAUUGUUGGAGAUGGUGAGUGGAAAGAAGAACCGGGGGUUUUUUCAUUCCACCCACAAACUCAACCUUCUGGGGCAUGCCUGGAAGCUGUGGAAUGAAGGGAGGGCCCUGGAAUUAAUGGAUGAAUUGAUGGAACAAGAUUUUGCAGAAGAGGAAGCACUAAGAUACAUACAGGUGGGACUCCUUUGUGUCCAGCAGAGGCCAGAAGACAGGCCAGUGAUGCAAACGGUAGUGUUGAUGUUGGAUAGCGAGAGUAUGUCAUUGCCUCAACCUGGAAGACCUGGGUUUUAUGCAGAAAGGUGUCUUUCGGAGACGGAUUCAUCGUCUCUUGGGAAUCUAAUUUCCAAUGAGAUGACUGUUACCUUAUUAGAGGGUCUAAAAUGGUUGGCGAAAGCAAUGCUUCUGUACCAGCUUUUUCACUUUUCAUUCUCUUUGUCUUUGGAUGCCAUAACACCACAACACUCCCUCCGAGAUGGUGAUGUUGUGAUCUCUAGAGGAAACACGUUCGUCCUUGGGUUCUUCAGCCCUGCCAAUUCCAGAUAUCGCUAUGUUGGGAUAUGGCAUUACCAAGUUUCUAUUCAAACACUUGUGUGGGUUGCCAACAGAGAAAAUCCUAUCAAUGAGACCUCUGGAACCCUCUCCAUUAGCAGCCAAGGAAACCUCGUCCUCUACCACAAAAACUACACUAUUCCUCUCUGGUCUACUAAUUCCACCCUUACGCACUCCAAUAAUUCUACGGCACGACUCUUGGAUACAGGGAAUCUAGUUUUAGUCCAAAAUGAAAUCACCUAUUGGCAAAGUUUUGAUUAUCCUACAAACACUAUGCUUCCAUUUAUGAAAAUUGGUUUAAAUCUAACUACUGGUGUAGAUCGAUUCCUCACGCCUUGGAAGUCUCCAAAUGAUCCCGGGAUUGGAAACUUCACUUACAAGCUAGAUUCCACAGGCUUCCCUCAGCUGUUUUUGUACAAGGGUUUGGCUAAAUUCUGGCGAGCUGGGUCAUGGACGGGGCAAAGAUGGGUUGGAAUACCAGAAAUGAGGCGUAGUCCCAUUUUCAAUUAUAGUUUUGUGUAUAAUGAUGAAGAAAUUUCUGCCUCGGGAGAUAUAAAGGACGCCUCUAUAAUCACAAGAAUGAUCGCAAAUGAGAUAGGAGAGAUGCAAAGGUUCUUAUGGAAUCAUCAAAACCAACGCUGGGUUACAAUUUGGUCCGCCCCAAAGGAGGAAUGUGAUUUUUACGGGCACUGCGGGCCCAAUAGUAACUGUGACCAAACUCAAGUAGACAAGCUUGAGUGUUCUUGUUUACCCGGAUUCGAACCAAAGUCUCCCGAAACUUGGUCGCUAAGAGAUUGGUCGGCUGGAUGUGCACGAAGGGCUAAUGCGUCUAUAUGUAAACAUGGAGAAGGGUUUGUGAAGGUGGCAGCGGUGAAGAUUCCUGAUACUGCUGUGGCUAAUGCAGACAUGGGGUUGGGGCUGAAACAGUGCCAACGUAAGUGUCUGAGGAAUUGCUCUUGCAUGGCUUAUGCGAGUGCAUUUUCUGAGAGUAAUGGAGGGACCGGAUGCUUGACCUGGCACGGGGAUUUGCUGGAUAUCAAUACCAAUAGAGAUGCAGGUCAAGACCUUUUCAUACGGGUGGAUGCUGUUGUCUUAGGAAGACAAAGAGGACCUUCAGUCAGCUCCACAACAAAUCCAACGCAUUUGGAGGACUCUUUAAAUGGAACAAGUGCUGCGUUACCAGUAAUUAAUUUGGGAACCAUUGCCGUAGCCACAAAUAACUUUUCUCCUGAUAAUAGACUUGGACAAGGAGGCUUUGGCCCUGUUUAUAAGGGUAUAUUAAACGGAAAAGAGAUAGCAGUUAAAAGGCUAUCAAAAUCCUCAGGGCAAGGAAUAGAAGAGUUUAAGAAUGAGGUUACACUGAUUGCCAAACUCCAACACAGGAAUCUUGUCAGGAUUUUAGGUUGUUGCAUACAACGAGACGAGAAGAUCUUGGUCUAUGAAUAGUUGCCAAAUAAGAGCUUGGCCUGUUUCAUUUUUGAUGAAAGUAAAAGAUCACUCUUAGACUGGGAAAGUCGGCUUGAGAUUGUUUCCGGAAUUGCUGGAGGAAUUGUAUACCUUCAUCAAGAUUCGAGGUUGAGAAUCAUCCAUACAGACCUCAAAGCUAGUAAUAUUCUACUAGACGCCCAAAUGAACCCGAAGAUUUCAGAUUUUGGUUUGGCUAAAAUAUUUGGAGGAGAUCAAGUUGAAGCAGAUACAAAGCGUGUCGUUGGAACAUAUGGCUACAUGUCACCAGAGUAUGCAAUGCAAGGCCACUUUUCUAUCAAGUCUGAUGUAUACAGCUUCGGAGUACUGCUCUUAGAAAUUCUCACCGGUAGAAGGAAUAAUGGACAUUACCCCGACAGUCCUACCUCGAACUUGAUUGGACAUGUUUGGGAAUUAUGGAAGAACGACAAAGCUAUGGAGAUAGUUGAUUCAUCGUUAGGAGGGGGUCUUCCUAGUGCUGAAGUUUUGAGAUGCCUUCAGAUUGGGUUGGUAUGUGUGCAAGAGAGUGCAACAGAUAGGCCUAAAAUGUCAGCUGUUGUUGCCAUGUUAGGCAAUGAUGCCUCUCUUCCUUCCCCUAAACAACCAGCAUUUUUCAUCAACAGAAGCGGCCAAGGUGAUGAGACAGGUAGUAGUCAAGGCACCGGAUCCAUCAAUACAGUGACUCUCACCAUGCCCCAUGCCCGCUAGAUGCUUCGGUACUUUAAAAGUUCCACACAGGGCCCUGGUCUGUUACUGAACAUAAAUCUCUGUUUCUAGUAUUAUGAAUUUAAUUGAAAUUACAUUCAGAAUCUUGGUACCUAGAUUACAUACAGAUCCAUAAUAACAUACUUCUCAUCUAGAUUGCUCUCUUAUUUCUCCUGUUUU